GCGCUGUCUGCUGGCGGCUCCUUGCGUCACCUUUUGAUUUGGAAAGCGCAGGGACAUGGUGCGGAUGGAUGGCUGUCCACACGGCCACAAGAGGACCAGAACAAAGCAUGGCUGGGAAGCCUUUUCGGGCCACCUACAUCUGGAACAGCAUCAUUUCCAAUCUCCAAAGUCAAGUCGAGGUGAAGCACAGGCGCCACAACCUGAAGUCGUACCAUGACUGCUUCCUGGGCUCAGAAGCUGUGGAUGUGGUUCUGUCGCACAUCACCCUCAGCCGCUUCUUUGGCGAUGAGGCGGUGCCUCGACACAAGGCCGUCCGUCUCUGUCAGGUCCUCAUGGACUCUAAGGUGUUUGAGCCAGUUGGGGGUAAAGUGUUUGGAAAGGAGAAGAAAAGAGACAAGUUUGAGGACAGCAGCGUCAGUUUGUACAGGUUCCUGGGUCCAGUAACCAGCUCCUCCUUAGCUCUGACCAAUACCAACUCUCAGUCCACUGGUGCCAUCAAGAGUGGCUAUGGCUCGCCGAACAUGAACAUGAGCAGCUGCUCACUAACAAGCGAAAGCCAAGGGGUCCCAAGCUACUCCACCCACUCCCCGGUAAAGAGAGAGAAGCUGCUGGAGGAAGUGCUGGGGAACCUGAACCUCAGCGCCACCAUCACCCCACAGAUGAGCCACCUCGGCCUCUCGCAGGAGUGUUUGUAUGAAGUGUGGCACCAGCAGGCGGUGUCCAGGCUGCUGCAGCUCAUAGAGCUCCCCCUGCUGGAGAGCUUGUUAGAAGGCGAGGUCGCUUCACGAUCCUCUCUGCAUGGCAUGGACAGCGACCCAGAUCUGCUGUGUCCAACAAGCUACCUGGACAGAGAAGUUCUGAAAGCUUUCAGUGAAGCACAGGCUGAUGAGUGGAUGUCAGUGGCGGUGGACUGUCUGGAGUUUCUGCCUGAUGAGCUGGUGGUGGAAGUCAGUCGAGGUUUGGCUGCUUGUGCGGAUGACCUUGUUCAGUGCAAGAGGUUGCUUUACCAGGUCCUGGUCAGGCAUUACGGACAGACGCAGCGGCCACCUCUACUUAACAACUAUAUCUUUGAUAUCCACUCGGGGAUCUCAGAACUACUUGUUAACGGGAAGCUGGAGCUGGCUUUAGAGGCGCUGCAGCUGAGCCUGAGGCUGCAAGACUCCCACAGCCAGGAGGAACUCCGGAGACUCCUGAGAUUCAUGGCCACUGCAGCCAAACCGCAGGAGGUGAAGCUGCACAAAGAGAUUGAGAACAGGAUGGCGGUAAAGAGGGCUUUCUCCCGCUCCAUUGUGUACAGCGGAAGGCUCUCGAAGGGCAAGGUGGACUUGAUGGUUCUGUUCAUGAUGGAUAACUACUGUGAUAUGUUCAAAAUUCCCAUCUCCUUGCACAAGAUGGUGAGUGAAAGAUUGAGGAAUAUCGUCAUGGGGAAGGAUCCGGAUGUGAUAACAGGCACAACAUACUGCUCAAGGGUUAGUGCUAAGGAAUAUUCAGAAAGUGCACAGAAAGUCACUCAGGAGGAGAUCCUUUCUCUACUGAGGACAGUUUAUGAGAACCCCAAAUUCUCCAGGAAGGAGAAGAGGCGGCUGCUGGGACAGUUUUAUAAAGCUCACCCUGAGACUUUUGUUCAGUACUUUGGAACUAAAUUGUCUAGUAUCAAUAUGUUGUUGCAGUAAUAUUUAUACAAGUUAUAUAUCAAAGAGUUAAAAAAAAAUAAAAAAAACUAUGUUCAAAUGGAGUUGUGCAGAUAGCAACAGAUGACUGAGCAAAAAUGUAAGCUAUAAUAUUUAAUGAUCUAUUUAACAGUUUUAUUUGGUGCGGGUCACUAUGGCAAAAUGCUCCCUUUGAUGUGAAAACCACUGAUGCAUCCUCUGAAAUAGAAAAAAGUCAUUUUUUAAGCUCAAAUAUAGGUCUGAUUCAGUCAAAAGCAAACCUGUAGGUUGGCUGUUUCAGUUUUUCUUGUACAACAGCAUCAGAUAAAAAUGUGAAAAUUUGACAUUGGAAAUUUUAGAAGUCCCUUAUUCUGCUGUAGUGACAGUGGAGACGUGCUCCUGACUCUGGCUUGUUUUGUUUUCUAAAAAAUUAAAACAGAUGUUGGAGAGUUUUUUGUUUUUUUAAUGGCCCCGUUUUAGUGGUCUCUUCAGGGUCGUUUAAAUCAGGUACAAAUAACCCUUCUAAUUGGCUUAUGGGAAAUGACUGGAGUGUUUCCUGCUGGUUUGAAACAUCUUGUUUGUAUUUUAUGUCAUCUAAGGUAAAAUUGAGAAGAUUUCAUGCAUCUUUUGCAUCAGCUCUAAGAAGACAAUGGCAUCUGGUAUGCCAGCUAUAAACUGAUUCAGAGCGGAUAAUUGUGAAAGACAAAGCAAUUCUCUGCAUGUAAAUUUAAGAAAAAUAAACUUGUGAAUUUGUUUCUGUGAAA